AAACAGGUAAGACACAGACGGCCCAGGCUUAGCCAGCCAGCCGGUGUCACAUGAAAAAAGGACCAAGGCCAUCCCUAUCGGACGGCACCCACACACACAUACAUACACAGACACAAUAUGCACCGUUGAACAUGAACCAGGGCCCACUUGAUCGAAGAAACGGCCCCCUGGGCCUCCAUCUGCCGUCGAUGGCUCAGUCGUCGUCUCCUCCCGCCAGGAAGAAGUGGCUAAGGCCGUCUUUGGCGUUCAUGCGGAAGGCGGGAGGGCACACCAACCUGACACACACACAGACAGAGACAACACACAAAGGGAUAAGACAUGGCGCGGAGGUUGCAAUCGUCUGUUCUGUUUACCUGUCCAUGAAGGCGAUGAAUUCGUGCAAGUACUUGCCGUUGGCCGCCGCCAAGAGGGGCGCCUUCGAGUUUUUCUGGUGCAGCAGCAGGCGGGCUGUUAGGCGUCUGUGGAUGGCGUCGGUGCUCGACCCACGGGCAUCCGGCAGUUCCAUGCCAAUCUGCGAGAGGACGUCGGCGAUCCCCGGCCACUCCUCCUCCUUUGGCACGCCCAUGACGCUGAAGAUGUCUCGGAGCAUGUGGCGGGCAUCAUUAUGGUAUGGAAACAGACUCACACCGAAGGCCGCCUGCCAAAUGGACACAGAGAAGAGAGAAGACUCACAUGUGAUCUCGCCGUGUGUCUGCAUGGUGUGUCUCUUGCACCCACCUUGAAAGCCGUAGUGGCGACGGACCACAUGUCUGUCUUGGCCGUGUUGUGGAGGGUCUCGGGGAAGUUUGUCUCUCUCCCUGCAGCAAUGGCGACACACAUAGAGGGACAAGAGAACAUAUGCAUCUUCUGUUGUGUGCAUAUAUAUAUAUAUGUGUGUGCGUGUAUGUGUGUGUGUGUGUCUCGCUCAGUCGGUCCCUCCCCAUAUGCAUUCAGGCAUCCACGCCUUCAUACAAGUAGUAAGUUAGUUAUGUAUGUGUGUAGUCAGUCGAGAGGGGUCCGCCGAGUCAAUCAAUGUCUCAGACGGCCAGCAAGAGCCAAAAGGAGCAAAAGGCAAAAGCCACUGGUGGCGCCUCCCCGUGUGUCGAAAAAAGCCAUGCGCCUAUCGUACCCAGAGGGGGUACAAUGGCGCUCCCGCGUACGGGAUGGACUGUCUUGUGCGUCGGUGGGCUUGUCUGUGUCUGACACACACCGAGUGUGGCUGUGAGGCACACUCGUGUGUCUGAAGCUUACGUGAAAAGACGGUGUGUCAAGAGACACUUGCCUUUUCACAGCAUCGGAAGAGACACUGUCUUGUAUUUGUUGCGGCCAUCGUGUCGCUGCGGAAGGAAAUUCAUCAUUCAUUAAGGGCUCGACAGGUGCGGCUCGACAAGGGGCGGACGUGUGCAUCGACUCAGACAGACGUUCAUCCACUACACGAUUCUCCUGUCUGUCUGCCUGCCUGCCUGCCUGUCAAGUUGUCUGUCUCUGUCUGCCUGUUUAGGUUGUCUGUCUCCGCCUGUCUGCGAGGCUGUCUGUCUCCCUGUCUACGAGUCUGUCUUUGUUGGAAUCUUGGGAUUCUGCUGCUGAUCAUACGGCUGAUCGAUGGGAUUCUACCUCUGCCAACACGCGUGGUCAGCAGUGCCAUGAGGGCAUGGGACAUGUAGCGUUAAUUCGACACGCCAUACAUGUACCAUUUCAUGCCAUUCCAUUCAGAUCGAGCGAGUGCUCACCACAUAGCAGAGAUUGAGUGGCGAUUGGCGAUUUGCGGCGGUUUGUGUGUCUGAGAGUUUCACCACAUCCCCAUGCACACGUAAGUCCUCGCUCACCCCAUCCACCCCACGACACGUCACAUAGACGACAGUGCAGUUUGACAAACGGCACGCUAUUCCUCACGCAACAACCCAUGACCAUGCUAGGGAGGGACCGACUCAGCGAGAGGAUGUGUGUACGCAUUGGUACGAAUAUAGAGUGCACUCACCAUUGGCUGCAGCAGCCAGUGCCGCCUUGAGAUGCACCUCCGGCGCCCGGUGAGAUGGCGUCUGCAUCUCGGUCUCCGUCACUCGACCGGUGUCGGCAACCUCUCGGCUGUUGCCGAAGUCAGCAAGGUUGACAGACGUACGCCCUUCUGUAUCAGACAAAAGAAGACAGACAGCGUUCCAUCCAUGUGUGUGCAAGGUGUGAGCGUGGCGAGUGGGGUGUGUGUGUGUAUACCUUGGUGCUUGACCAGGAUGUUCUCGGGCUUGAGGUCACAGUGCCACACGCCGUUCUCUUCCAGAUGGGCCAUCGCAGACAGCAGCUGACGGAGCACCCAGCGCAGCACGGCAGGCGGGAGGCCAGCGGGGUAGGACUGACACCCUUCGGGGGGCGGGAAGCCGUGAAGCGAGUUGGUAUGGGGGGUCCUGACACGAGUCUCGUGAAACACAAUAACCAACCAACCUGUGUGUGAUGUGAUGGUGCGUUGAACACAGAUCUACAACAGGCCAUCCUUCAACCAGCAUACAUCGGUGAGAGGGGAGAUGAGAAUACCGAAGAACAU